AUGCAGGGUUUCCUAUCGCGAGUGGCUCGGCUACCGUCCUCGAGCUGCCGAUGCAAAACUUGCUUGAGGACGUAUGUCAAUGGCGUCGCCACGCACCCUUCGGCGGCUAGUCGUCGAGGACUCAAGACAGCAAAUGCAGUCACUGCUCUGUAUGGAAGUAUCUUUGCCGGUGCAGCUAUCGCAGACGCGAUGGCCAAACGAAGACGCCGGCAAGAAUGGGACGAUAAAAUCGCGGCGGUUCAGGAAGAAAUCGACGAAUUGAUGGAUGAGGAACGCCGUUUGUUAGAAUCUUUGUCAGCUCGAAAAUCUCGACACCUUUCUAGUACCGCUAUUCAAUCCCGAUCGUACCACGCCGGAAAUCAUAUGGGAUCAAUCGAGAUGAGAAGUGCACAAUUACUUGCAAAUCGGGCUUUUAGCACCAAGGCACCGGUAGAGGAGAGUUCCAUGGAUGAUUAUAUGGACGGAAAUGAUUGGACUACGAACGCCCAAAAGGCACACAUCGACGAGGCAGCCUCCGUUGAGAAUACACAAAUCAACAAACCAAACCGGAAAGAUGGCAUUGACGAGGGAAACGAAAUUGACUAUGAAUCUCUUGAAGAUGGACUCUCAACUAUGAAUGAUAUAGUUCCGCGACCCGAGCCGGGCUUUUUAUGGGAACAAUCCAGCAUCAUUCGCAUCAAAGCUAUACAAAAACUAGCUGUUCAACAACUUGUCUAUAGGUUUAUGUUGCGGCCUUCAGUUGCGCACGAUUAUUCGGGCUUGCCAGUAGAGUAUCGACUAGACGAUGCAUCUGGCGCGCGUCCCACUGUGCUAUUAAGUCGGCUUCGAGGCGUACGACGGCGGUUAUAUUCCUUGAAAUAUAUCAGGGACUCAGAGUACGACGAUCUUAUGCCGAACGUGAGCCUUGAAGGAAUAGACAGGAUACGCAGCGAUCGAGAGCGGUAUGAUUUUCUUCUUCGUCAAGACGUUGAGCAGUGCACGAAAGGCAAAAUAUCCAUCCAAAUGCUGUUGGUGCGAAUUUCCGAAAAUCUAUCGGCCUGUGAAGAACCAGACCGUCCGGAGGCAUUUGCGCUCCUCAUAAAUUUUUUCACCAGAUGUCACCAGAAUGACUUGUCUGAUAUGGUGGUGAAAUGCCUGGUCCCAAAUCUGUUCAAACUCAGCACACCCUUAAUCAUCGCUAUCAUCUCACACUUUCGAAAGACCAAGAACCUUAAGGACUUUGAUUUGUUUCUUCAGAUGUUGAGAGGCGAAGGUGGAUAUCCUGUCAAUUUACGAACGAUAUGGGUGAAGAAGAAUGUGAAUGGGAUUACAGUCACAGUGCCUCCAGUAGGAAGCUUCAGCCCCCUUCUAAUCACCAGUGUCAUCACGGCGACCCUUCGUUUCGAUCAGCCCGAGAAAGCGGACGCUUAUAUGCAGGUAGCCCGGUCUCAGGGAUUCGCCGAUAAUAUGGCUACAUUAUCUGCAUAUUUGAGAUUCUAUGGCAUCCGGAAUGACUUUGCAAGUGGAUCGUCUACUCUUGUCAGGGCCCUGAAUUUCAUGGUAUCAUCUUCGGAAUUUGAAGAAGAACGUAUCUCAAGGCUUGUCCUCUGCAUGGCAGAGUUUAGUGUUCGCUGUGGCCGAGAUAAUCUGGCUGAGUCCUUGAUCGAAGCUGCAGUUCAAAGUGGGUUUGACUGCGAUUUGGCGCACACAUCAGAAAGCCCGGAAUCGGAGUCGAAUUACUUGCUUCGUACUCACAAAAAAUGGAGGAGAGCGCAAAAGAGAUCUGGGGUAGAAUUCUUGCAGCAACAAAAGCUUCCUUUGCAUGAGAAAUGUACCAAAUUUGCGGAUCUCACUGCAGCAAAGAUCAUUCAUUUACAGCAUAAAGCGACUCGAUACGACAACGAUAUAACACCUAUCACCUCCUCAGAUCUACUCGACGAGGCCCAAACUAAUCAACCAACGUCAUCAAAAUAUGUCAAACUACGAUCCGAUACCCACAUCAGCAAAACAUCUCCUACACACAAAUCGGCAACGGCCCAUCCUCUCGAACCAUCAGUCAAAAUCAAAAAUCUUCGCGCCCAAUUAGAAUAUUUGCAUCAACGGUUAGACAAUUUGAGUAUACAGGAUAGGCGGAAUGUUUCUAGAGAAGACGAUUGA